AUGGCUUCGCGGUGCCUAGUGGCGCACAAUGUUGUGUGGUUGUUAGCAGUGAUGGUGUGUGGUGCAAUGGCUGCUGUGCCUAAGACACCAAUGGAUGUGCCCUUCGGAAGGAACUAUGUACCCACUUGGGCUUUUGACCAUAUCAAGUACUUCAAUGGCGGCUCCGAGAUCCAGCUCGUUCUCGACAAGAACACUGGUACUGGAUUUCAGUCGAAGGGGUCAUACCUAUUUGGGCACUUCAGUAUGAAUAUUAAGAUGGUGGGUGGAGAUUCUGCUGGGACUGUUACUGCUUUCUAUUUAUCAUCACAAAACAAUGAGCACGACGAAAUAGACUUUGAGUUCUUGGGGAAUAGAAGUGGGCAGCCAUACAUAUUACAGACGAAUGUGUUUACUGGAGGAACAGGGAACAAGGAGCAAAGGAUUUAUCUCUGGUUUGAUCCUACCAAAGACUACCACAGAUACUCUGUGCUUUGGAAUUUGUACCAGAUUGUAUUCUUCGUGGACGACGUGCCAAUUAGGGUAUUCAAGAACAGCAAGGAUUUGGGGGUGAAGUUCCCAUUCAACCAGCCGAUGAAGCUUUACUCGAGCCUCUGGAACGCUGACGACUGGGCAACGAGAGGCGGGCUUGAGAAGACCGACUGGUCAAAGGCUCCGUUCGUGGCGUCUUACAAAGGCUUCCACAUUGACGGGUGUGAGGCUUCGGUGGAGGCCAAAUUCUGCGCAACGCAGGGGAAACGGUGGUGGGAUCAGGAGUUUCAAGAUCUUGAUAGUUACCAAUGGAGGCGACUGCGAUGGGUAAGAAGCAAAUACACGAUUUACAACUACUGCACGGAUAAGACGAGGAACCCAACUGUACCGGUGGAGUGCAAGAGGGACAGGGACAUAUGA